AUGACAACCCCACGGCGCACCGAUGAAGUAGAGAUGCCACCACUACCGAUUACGUCCUUGACGGAUAUCGAGGCAUCCAUGCAGGAAGCGGUGUCCAAGUUUGCCAGCGAGAUCGUGUUGCCGAAGGCCCGCGAAAUGGAUGAGGCCGAGGCCAUGGAUCCGGAAAUUGUGGAGCGGCUGUUUGAGCAGGGCCUCAUGGGGAUCGAGAUUCCAGAGGAGUAUGGUGGCUCAGGCAUGAAUUUCACAUCUGCCAUUGUGGCAAUUGAGGAGUUGGCUCGCGCAGAUCCCAGCGUCAGUGUUUUGGUGGACGUACACAACACCUUGGUCAACACCGUAUUCAUCAAAUACGCCAGCCCAGCCCUCAAGAAGCGGAUUCUGCCCAAGCUGGCCACCGAAUCGGUCGGCUCAUUCUGUCUGUCGGAACCCGUAUCGGGGUCUGACGCCUUCGCUCUGGCUACGCGGGCCACGGAGUCUGAGUCGGGCUUCCGGAUCUCUGGGUCCAAGAUGUGGAUCACUAACAGCAUGGAGGCUGAUGUAUUUGUGGUCUUUGCCAACCUCGACCCGGCAAAGGGCUACCGUGGCAUCACCGCCUUCCUAGUCGAGAAGGGCACCAAGGGCUUCUCGAUUGCCAAGAAGGAAAAGAAGUUGGGCAUCCGUGCGAGCAGCACAUGCGUCAUCAACUUUGACGACGUCGAUAUUCCCAAAGAGAACCUGCUUGGAGAGCGCGGUCACGGUUACAAAUACGCCAUUGGGCUGCUGAACGAGGGCCGCAUCGGUAUUGCCGCCCAGAUGACCGGCCUGGCCUUGGGUGCCUGGGAAAAUGCUGUCAAGUACUGCUGGAACGACCGGAAACAGUUUGGUCAGUUGAUCGGCGAGUUCCAAGGCAUGCAACACCAGUUUGCACAGUCUUAUGUCGAGAUUGCAGCUGCUCGAGCACUGGUCUAUAACGCGUCACGAAAGAAGGAGGCUGGCGAAGACUUUGUCAAGGAUGCUGCCAUGGCCAAGCUGUACGCGUCGCAAGUAGCUGGCCGCGUAAGUAGUCUGGCUGUGGAGUGGAUGGGUGGCAUGGGCUUCGUCCGCGAGGGUCUCGCGGAGAAGUACUUCCGCGACAGCAAGAUUGGCGCCAUUUACGAAGGCACCAGCAACAUUCAACUAAACACGAUUGCCAAGUUGCUUCAGAAGGAGUAUACCAACUGA